CCCAGCCCGGUGUGGGGACACACCGGCCAAGUCCCCGCCGUGUGUGGUGCGCAGAUGACAGCCGCUGGGCUUCCUUCCCCAAGCGGUCGCGGGCGGGCGGGCAGGAGGCAAAGUUUGUCGGAGAAUCGGGGUGACUUUGCUCGGGGACCCGCAUCUGCGCGAAUGCGCGGUGCCGCGGAGCGCGUCUCGCAGCAGCUCCGGGCUGGGGACCGGCUGUCCCUCGCUCCCGGAACCCCUUCAGGGGUGUGUUCUGGAAAAGUGGUGACAUGAGCUAGCGCUGGAGCGGCAGGAGGGAGCAGCUCGCACCCCUGCAGCCCAGGCGGGGAGGGCGCAGACCUCGCGGUGCUGCCCUGCGGCCGCGAUGAGGGAACAGCCCUCGUUUGCCUGGCGCUGAUACUCGAGGCUGUGGCGGUAGUGGAAUGCGAAAGCCAGGACGGAAUGGAAACAGGGCCAGAAGACCUCUACAGGAUGCCUGAGGCAAAUUCUCCCAGGAGAACUCCACAGAAUGUUCCCUACCAGGACCUGCCUCACCUGGUCAACGCGGACGGACAGUACCUCUUUUGUAGGUACUGGAAGCCCAGUGGCACACCCAAGGCCCUCAUCUUUGUGUCCCAUGGCGCUGGAGAGCACUGCGGCCGUUAUGAUGAGCUGGCUCAGAUGUUGAAGGGGCUGGACAUGCUGGUGUUUGCCCAUGACCAUGUUGGCCAUGGGCAGAGCGAAGGAGAGAGGAUGGUGGUCUCGGACUUCCAAGUGUUUGUCAGAGAUGUGCUGCAGCAUGUGGACACCGUUCAGAAGGACUACCCUGGGGUCCCUGUCUUCCUCCUGGGCCACUCCAUGGGCGGUGCCAUCGCCAUCCUCGCCGCUGCAGAGAGACCAACCCACUUCUCUGGCAUGGUCCUGAUCUCGCCUCUGGUUCUUGCCAAUCCAGAAUCGGCAUCAACUUUCAAGAGCAGCUCGAAGAUCAUGAAGCGCACUAUUGAAAAGACAGCUGAAGUGGCAGUGGCUUGGAUACCAUAUGCAUUCCACCUGUGGGUCCUUGCUGCCAAAGUGCUCAACCUUGUCCUGCCAAACAUGUCCUUGGGGCGCAUCGACUCCAGCGUGCUGUCUCGGAACAAGUCGGAGGUCGACCUGUACGACUCCGACCCACUCAUCUGCCGCGCAGGGGUGAAGGUGUGCUUUGGCAUACAGCUGCUGAACGCCGUCUCCAGGGUGGAGCGUGCGAUGCCCAAGUUGACGCUGCCGUUCCUGCUGCUGCAGGGUUCUGCUGACCGGCUGUGUGACAGCAAAGGUGCCUACCUGCUCAUGGAAUCAUCCCGGAGUCAGGACAAGACACUCAAGAUGUAUGAAGGUGCCUACCACGUUCUCCACAAGGAGCUUCCAGAAGUGACCAACUCUGUCCUCCAUGAAAUAAAUACGUGGGUCUCUCACAGGACAGCAGCAACAGGAGCCGGGUGCCCACCCUGAACGUACUGGCCAGGCAACCAGCUUGUGGUCUGGGGGAAGCAGGCAGAGGAGGGGCAGUGCCGGCUGGCUUAAAAAAAAAAAAAAAGAAUCACAAAUUGGAGGGACCCCUAGUGCAAUUUACUUUGAAAAAAAAAAAAAAGAUAAUUUGUCAUAUAUAAGGCUACUGGCCACUGGCUCUACCACCCUAGGGGGUAGGCACUUUAUGAAAGAGGGAGUAUAUUUUCCACACAGAGACUGUGUUGGAAUGUCCUUUGAAUUAAAAAAAAAAAAAAUGCAGCCUCUGCCCACCUCUCCCAGCUCCCAUGGGGUUCAGGGACUCUCUUGCAGUCCCCUGUCCCAGCCUGCAAUAAUCAGAGGUCUCUUUCCUCCUGUCCCAAGCCCUCUCUGACUGGCUGUUCUCUGGCAUGUGAUGAGGUGGCCUGUGUCCCCAGAGCGAGCUCCUUAGUAGGCUCACGUGCCCCUCCAAGGCACUUCCUCAAAAUGGGCAGCCACCCUAUGACCUGGUCAGCGGCGUCUCAGAUGAAAGCCAGGCUGUUGGGAGGGAGGGUGGCCCUGAAGCUCUUCUCCCCACACAGCUCUUCCCCCUGCUGGGAGUGGGGUGACCCGCAGCAUGUGGUAUGUAUUUAGGAAGGUCCCUUCUCUCAGGUCGCUAAGUACUCCAUGCUGAGGAGGGUGGCUUUGAAGAUAGGUGUUUAAUAUAUACGAUAUAUUCUAAAGUAAAGACUAUAUGGAGCUUGGACCGCUUUGGAAGAACUGGUACCCCACAUGGGGCCAGUCUGCUGAGGGCCCCAGUCCCUUAAUUGAGGACUAGCUGGCUCUUCUUGCACAGGGCAUGGAGGACUGUGGCCUGGGCUGUCCCUCUGUCCAGAGCCGCUAGGAGUUUCCUGCCAGUAGCACAGCUACCUCUGGUGGCCCGGGAGACUCUCGUGAAGCCAUGGUGCUGGCUGCCUGCCCAGGGCAGCAAGAGCACUCAGUGACCACCCGCCGACGAGGACCACAGCCCUCCGCACCCCACCGCAGGUCACAGCAGGAUGGCCCACCCGGCCUCAGAGAGGCUGCCCUGGAGCAGUGAAGUCCGAGCCCCCUGACCUCUCAGGUGCCCGCCCAGAGGCCUGCCCCAGGCCUCACUUAGUGCCAGCAAUAACCGGGGCUCACCGCCCUCUCGGAGCACUUUCGUCUUUACAGAGGGGCUUGCUGUUACCUCAGGGGUCUUGUUAGUGCACGGAGGACCCUGGGAAGGGGUGCUGCUGCCAGGGGAGAACUGCCCGGCUGCAGGGGGCGGGGAGCGGGCCCUUGAUCCUCCAGGAAGCUACAAUCCAGGGCCCUGUGGUCUCGGAGGAGGCACCUGUCAACCUAGGCCCUGUCCUUUCUGGAGUUUAUCCUGGGACCCAGGGAGGGCCCUCUGCCCUCUCCAGUGACCCUGACCAUGCAGGGCAGUCAGAAGCUGGCCACCUACUACAGGCCAUGAGGACGCCGUCCCCCUCAGCAGGCAUGAGCCCUGCAUGCAGGGAAGGCAGGGCCCAGGAGCUGUGCAGUGUCUCCUCUUAGCUCUGGGUCUCUUCAGAAAAUAAAAAGUGGGCUAAGAGGGGCAGUCAGCACUUCCGGCUGCUCAGGGAGCCCUGGACAGCAGCUGACCGGCAUGGGGUGUUUCUCUUCUCCAUCGAGAAAAAAAAAAAAAAAAGGACCCCACUCCAGACUACUGUGCCCCGGGCCCAGAUCUGUGACUUUACAGGAACCACCCAGGGCUGCUCCCAGAAGCACAUGCUGACAAUGCCAUUUUCCAAACCACAUGCCAGCACCCGGGCUGAUGGCUUUCAUGCGUGACUUCAUUUACAGCAAUGCAUGUGUGUCUGGUUAAAGAAUCUCUAACACUAAAGGGGUGGGGGGUGAUCUGAAAUUGGGGCUGUCCUGUGAAACCUGAAAGAGGGGACAGGGACAUGAAUCCAUCAUGUCCUGCAUGACAAAAUCAGGGCCAGCGCAGGGCUGCCUGUAGAGAGCUGGGCCAGCCUUGUUCAGACUCUGCCCUUGGCACUUCAGGAAGCCCGACAAGCGGCUUUGUAGUCACCUCAUCACCAGGACACAGAGGGACUGGGGUGUGGGAGGAAUGCUAAGACACGUAAGGCUUUUCCUGAAGAGGGUGGAAGCCAGCAGGGGGCCAUGAGAGCCCUCCCCAGGUGACGGAGGGGGUAACCAGACCCAAGCACCUUUAAGAACUUAGCACCUUCGCCAGCAAGGCUGGACUUAGCGCCUGAAAAGCUUUUUAGGAAAGGGUGCCACCUGCAGGUAGUGGGGCGUCUCAGCCACUCAGCCCCAGUUCCAAGGCAAACAGCCUCCCUCCACCACGGGCCCCUCAGCUUCCCGGUGUCCUGGGGACCCCCACGAGAGCAGUUGGGGUGCUCUAAUACCACAGGGCUCUGCUCAUAUCCCACCCCUAGGCCACCUCACACUUUCCCUUUCUCUCCUGAUUGCUCAUGUAACUAUCUAGGGAUCACAGUGGCUCACUGGUCUGUCACCGUCACCGCGCUCCGCCACACCCCACGUGUACUCCUAGUGGGGAACCUGUACUGGCUUAGAACUACUAAAGAAACCGAUGUGCACUACAGCUCACAGUAAUAAACCAUGUGCUUUUGGAGA